GUUCUCAUCUUAGCUCUCUCAUCCUUCUCUUCUCUUGCAAAUCGCGAUUCGCGAGGAACAGGCAAAAGGACUCGUGUUUAAAUCGCAAAAUAAAAUUCGUUUGAAAAAAUGUUGAAAGGAGCUGUUGCCUUGGUGACUGGUGGAGCUUCUGGCUUGGGCCGGGCAACUGUUGAGAGAAUUGUCCGACAAGGUGGAAGAGUAGUCUUAUGUGAUCUACCAACUUCUAAAGGACAACAAGUAGCUGCUGGCAUGUCAGAAAAUGUUAUAUUUGCCCCAACAGAUGUUUCUUCUGAGAAAGAUGUCAUGAAUGCUCUUUCCAUGACAAAAGAAAAAUUUGGAAAACUAGAUGUUGCAGUAAAUUGUGCAGGAAUUGGAGUUGCUUUCAAAACAUACAAUUUUAACAAAAAUCUUCCACACAAACUGGAAGAUUUCAUUAAAGUUUUAAUGGUAAACACCGUGGGAACUUUCAAUGUUAUUCGCCUUUCGGCAGGAUUAAUGGGCGAAAAUCAGCCCAACGAAGACGGUCAAAGAGGAGUGAUAGUCAAUACUGCAUCUGUAGCUGCUUACGAUGGUCAGAUGGGUCAAGCCGCCUAUUCUGCAAGCAAAGGAGCAAUUGUUGGAAUGACUCUACCGAUUGCGAGAGAUCUGUCGUCCCAGGGUAUCAGGGUUUGUACUAUCGCACCAGGAUUGUUUAAAACUCCUUUGCUCGAGUCUUUACCUGAAAAAGUACAGUCAUAUUUGGCAAAAACCGUACCAUUUCCGCAACGUCUGGGUAAGCCAGAUGAGUAUGCAAUGAUGGUUGAAUCAAUUAUACUCAACCCAAUGAUGAACGGAGAAGUGGUUCGUGUUGAUGGCGCUAUCCGCAUGCAACCGUAAAAAAAUCCAAUCAUUUAAAAAUUAAACCAGAGUAAACAGUAAUAAGUUAUUGUUGUAAUUUGCAAUGUUCAAUAGCUUAUUCUUUAGUGAAGAGCUUUCGUGAGAUAAUACAAAUCUUUAUAUUAUUA